AUGAACGCCAGAAAGUUGUCUCAAUUUCACUGUCACUCACAACAAGAGAAAGACAAUACUGACCGCAAGAAUCGCAAGAAUUCCGGUAAUAAUAAGAGUCACAAGAAUUUGUUGAAUAGUCUGUUGAAUAGGAGUUCCGCUAAAGAGGCCGACACUCAGAAGGGUAUCGGUGCUUUUAAGCCUACAAAUAAUGGCAUUGAGUGCGAUCCCAAAACAAUGGAUGAAACUACCAGGUGGCUAUUCUUUUUGAAUGACCCCACUCGUAAUAUACCUGAAAGUGAAAAGGAAAGCGAGAAAAAUCAGAAGGAACUGUAUGUCAAACAAUACGCUAAACGUUGUUUGAAAGCCUUUCCCUACCAAGUGACCACCUUGCUCAUGUACGGUGUUAUACGCAAAAACAAAUACUACUGCAAUUUUAACCGCGGUAAAAAGGACAUUGUCUCUAUGGCUAAAUGCCUGAAUGCUAUUAAACCACAAGCAACCCAGUGUAUGAACAAGCUCAUUGAUGAGGCUAUGAUUACUUUUGAUUACAUGUCCCACUAA